GUUCGACUUAUUCCGCCAGGUGCACCGUGCCACGGCCUCUACACAUAUAUAACUGCUCAGAUGAAAUAAUAGCCUGGGUCUUCCUCUCUGAACAAAACCUUGAUUUCUGUUUGUUUCCGUCACAUCAACCAUGAGGAAGGCUCGUUGCAGAUUUCGUUGCGUAACCAGCAUGCUCUGCCCUGAGAGCUUUUGCUGUCACAUCCUUGUCUUUCUUAACUGCCACCAUCCAGAUGCCCCUCCUCCCAGACACCACCAACGAUCUGCUUUUCAGUUGCCUCGAUCCUCACGACAUCAUUCGUUACUCUCGAACAUGUCGCGAAGCCUAUCACCAAGUCGAGGGCUAUUGGCGACGCGCACUUGACAUUGAGAACCUCCUUUCGUCAUUUUUUACUCCACUUGAAACCCAGUAUUUCCGUGUCGUCCAGGCGUUGACCGGUACACUGAUUUCUGGCUCAAUGGCGCUUCAACUUCUCAAUCGCAAGCGGUAUCCGGAAUCGGACCUGGAUUUAUAUGUCGAACAUCGAUACAGCUCGUUUCUUGGAUCUUUCUUGGAGGCGAUUGGAUACGAAUUCAAACCCACUCGAGGGCAACCCAACUGCCUAGAAGCGGCGAUUAAACAGGCAGAAAAAAUAGCGCCCGUCGCUCUUUACGACGAAGAGCCAGGUAUCGGGUUUGCAGGAGUAUUCAACAUGGCGAGAGGUGAUCGCAAGAUUCAGCUUAUUACGGCCACCGAAUCUCCAUUGCACAUAGUUCUCAGUUUUCAUUCGACUGUGGUGAUGAACGUCAUAUCGUACUCGCAUGUCUAUUCACUCUAUCCACGAGCAACAUUCCAAAGGUCGCUUUCUCUCAUAACCUAUCGCUACAAAGACUUUCUACAAGAAGUCGCCCGCCAGAAAUACGUUGAUCGUGGUUGGAAAAUGAUCAAUUCUGAUGGCAGCGAGUGGGAAAUCUAUAGGUCGGAGAGAACCGCAAGAUACAGUUCUUCAGGAUCCACCCCUUACCGGAGGCAACUUGAGAUUUUCCAAGUCGACAGAUUACGUCGCUUAGGCGAUUCCUUCUGUUGGUCUUCCAAACUCCCCAUGUUACACUAUCCAACAAAGAAUGAUUGUUCUGAUGAACCAGGCUACAUCUGGCUCAUGUUGCGAAGAUAUGACGUCCCGACGCCGCUUGUUAUGGAGGAGUUGCGGACCGGAAAGCAGGCUUUGGAGAGCCACACUUGGGUACUCUCGCUGCAGGAUGACGACCACAGAACAUAUCAAGCGAUGUUGCAUGUUCUGAGUAACUCAAAGCUGAGGUUUACCUACUGCAUUGGCCUGGAGUCGGAUAUGAAUCUCAUUGAAAGAGUUGAAGGGAGUGGAGUUGUUCGAGACGUCAAAGCCUCGGAAGAGACUGAACGCUUCGAAUUUGGAUUUUCCGCACCGCUCGACUUUCGGGUAAAGAGGGAUUUGUUACUGUACGAUGUCAUCGAUGAGCAUUUCUCGCCCUUGAAUAAAGGGGACUUGGAUGAAGAACCACCAGAUACAGAAUCGGAGGGUGAUCCCGAAGGGUUAGCGGAUUUGUACUGACCAUGUUCACCUUGGCGAUCCUGGUUGUUGUUGUGUAUAAUAU